CUUUUCCAAAUCAAUCAUAAUAGAUUCACAACAUGGCUCUUCUUGAAAGUAAUUGUCCUGAUUUGAAACUUGUUGCUCGAGGUAAAGUACGCGAUCUUUAUGAAGUGGAUGAAAAGAGUUUAUUGUUUGUUGCCACCGAUCGUAUCAGUGCUUUUGAUGUUAUCAUGAAGAAUUCUAUUCCUGGCAAAGGCAAAAUCUUGACACAGUUAUCAGUAUUCUGGUUUGAUUUGUUGAAGGACAUUUUACCCAACCAUUUGAUUACUGCCAACUUUGAUGAAAUGCCCAGCAACGUACAAAAAUAUCGGGAACAAUUGGAAGGACGGUCUAUCUUGGUCAAGAAGAUGCGUGUAUUACCUAUUGAAGCCAUAGUUCGUGGAUAUAUUACUGGAUCAGGAUUGAAAGAAUACAAGCAAAAGGGAACCAUUUGUGAUAUUCCUUUACCUGAAGGUUUGGUAGAAAGUCAAAAGUUACCUCAAGUCUUAUUUACUCCUAGUACCAAGGCUGAUAUUGGUGAUCAUGAUGAAAACAUCCAUCCUUCCAAAAUGGUAGAUAUUCUUGGUGGAAACAAGGUUCUGGCCGAUCAAAUUACUCAAGCUACCAUUUCUCUUUAUACCAAAGCAAGGGAUUAUGCUGCUGAAAAAGGAAUCAUCAUUGCUGACACCAAAUUUGAAUUUGGUUUGGAUGAAAAUGAUCAAUUAGUAGUGGUAGAUGAAGUCUUGACACCAGACUCUUCAAGAUUCUGGCCUGCUAACAAGUAUGAAGCUGGUCGUGUACAAGAAAGUUUUGAUAAACAAUUCUUACGCAAUUACCUCGAAUCUAUUGGAUUUGACAAGAACACAAGUAUUGAAUUACCCACUGAAGUUAUCAAUAACACAUUAGCCAAGUACAAAGAAGCUUACACAUUAUUGACUGGAAAAGAAAUCACUCUUUAGUAGAUAUAUAAUAGUUAGAUUUUAUUUGUAUUCAUACAUAAACAUAUUGGUCCUCUACUUUUUUUUUUUU